AUGAGGUUAUUGAAUCUUCAGUUGUUUGUCUUGCUUGUGUCUCCGAUAUAUGCGUCGCUGACCUUUUUUCCAAAUUCAUUUACAGAUUGCAGCCAUCCGAACCCACCACCAUUAUGUGAGAUCAAAAACUUGUAUUGUGAUAACAUCCCCUUGCCAAAAACUACUAAGCUCACAGUGAAUGCUGCUUUUGUUAUUUCAGACGCUGUCAAGAAUAGUGAUAAUAGUUAUAGCCUUGUUGGUAAUUAUCAAGCUGAGGAGUACAAUCAAUUGUUUACCAACUUUGCUCAAAACGUUGAUCAAAUUUAUGUCACUGGUACAGGUCUUAGUGAUGCCACCAUUUACAGCAGUAAAUUGACCUCCAACCAAGCCACUAACCCCUUCCAAUGGUCUUCCAAAUUUAGCUGCAAGCCUCAAAUCAAGAAUGGUAAGUGUUGCUUGCCCGACGAUUUUCAACUUUGGUACAAGUUUAAACAAGGGGGACCAGGGAGUGCAGCUAUAAAUGCUGUAUUUGGUCAACCCCUUGCAAGCUACUACGUAGUUAGCCAAAUAUCAGGUACUGUUCAACCUUACGAUCCAAACACUUUGUUUAGUCAGCAACAGACAUUUCGGAAAAGAGAUGAUCAAGACAAUGAUGUCAGUGAUAUGGUAGAGUUUGAUAAGAGAAGUGGGAAUUCCUUGGUUACCCUUUUGCAAGGUUGCUCGGAUGACUUCCACGGUAUCAAACAAUUCUGCUGGGAUUGUGACUGUCCUCCAUCAUCCAGCUCCUCAACACCAUCUUCAUCAGAGCCACCUUCUUCAUCAGAACCACCAUCUUCAUCAGAACCACCAUCUUCAUCAGAACCACCUUCUUCAUCAGAACCUCCAUCAAGUUCUGAACCACCUUCUUCAUCUGAGCCACCUUCUAGUUCUGCACCCCCAAGCUCAUCGGAAUCACCAAGUUCUUCUAUUCCACCAUCUAGUUCUUCUAUUCCACCAAGUUCUUCUGUUCCACCAAGUUCUUCUGUUCCACCAAGUUCUUCUGGACCAGCAAGUUCUUCUGGACCAGCAAGUUCUUCUGUUCCACCAAGUUCUUCUGUUCCACCAAGUUCUUCUGUUCCACCAAGUUCUUCUGGACCAGCAAGUUCUUCUGGACCAGCAAGUUCUUCUGGACCAGCAAGUUCUUCUGGACCAGCAAGUUCUUCUGUUCCACCAAGUUCUUCUGGACCACCAAGCUCUUCUGUUCCAGCAUCAAACUCAGCUUCGUCUUAUCCACCUACUUCCUCUGUUCCAUCCGGUAGUGGAGUGGUUGAAACAUCGACGAUUGGCUCUACUACUGUUAUAACGGUUACUUCCUGUUCGCAUGACAUUUGUUCAACCAUAACUGAAACUACCGGGUUAACCGUCAUCACUGAGGGCACUACUGUCUACACUACAUACUGUCCAUUGACAACAACAACGACGACUUCGACACCAACUAGCGGCAAAGGCAAUGGAGCUGGAAAUGGUAAUGGCAAUGGAGCUGGAAAUGGUAACGGGUCUGGCUCUGGAAGCGGAACAGGAAGCGGUAACGCGGCAGGCCAUGGAAAUGGAUCGGGAUCUAUCACUGUUAUCACGGUUACUACUUGCUCAAAAGGUGGCUGUUCUACCAUCACUGAAACUACUGGAUUGACAGUCAUUACAGAAGGUACUACAGUCUACACCACUUAUUGUCCAUUAACAACUUCGCCAACUAGUUCCACCACUAUUGGUGGAGCUGGAAGUGGAUCAGGAACAGAAGCUGGAAGUGGGUCAGGACCAGGCGCUGGAAGUGGAACAGGAACUGGAACAGGAGCUGGAAGUGGAUCAGGAUCAGGAACAGAAGCCGGAAGUGGACAAGGUAACGGACCAGGUAACGGAUUAGGUAGUGGAUCAUCACCAGGAGCAGAAUCAGGAUCUAGUGCUGUUGGCGUAUCAGAAACAGAAUCCACUGCACCUCCAAUCGGUCCAGGUCAAGGAAAUGGUGUUGCUCCAUCGGCUUCAACGCAAGUCACUUCAGCUACUCAACAGACCGUUUUGGCAGAAUCAACAUCAUCUGAAUCCAGUCCUCCUCAAUUUUCACCACUUGUUGGUGACGGAACGUCUGUGAAGUUAUCGAUGGGAGGUGCGUUAGUCGCUGCUGUUGUUAUGUUACUUUAA